AUGGGUAAAAAACAAUCGUUUCGGAGCAAAGCAGCUUACUUUGUUUCUGAUCUCACCACUGUUUUUCUCAACCCUAUAUCUGACAACAAAAUCCCCUCUCUCCCUCUAUCCGCAGAAGAAGAAGAUGAUGAUGAUGAUGAGCCAAAGGUUGGUAGUCAUGAUGUGACAAUUGAUGGGCCUGAUACUUCGUCAUUCACUGCGUUUCUAUAUUCUCUGUUGUCUUCUUCGGAUUCCGGGGAUAGCAUUGGUGAGGCUGAUGAGAAAAAUGAUGGUGGGGUGGCAGGUGAUGACUCUUCAUUACCAGGCUCUGCCGCGAUGGAAAGUUUUGUUGUGAAGAGACGUUUGUUUUCCAGGGACAGGCAUUCGCUUGGUAGGGCUAUUCAUCAAGCUGCCAAAAUGGGUGGAUUUCGCAGCAGGGAUAGUGAAUACACUGAAGAAGGGCGCCGCGGCGGUGGCGGCGGCGGCAGCGGCAGCGGCGUUGUUGAGAUCAAGCGCAUUGUGAAGGAGCCUGUGGCUGUGGCUGUGGUUGGUCAUCGUGUGCCUGAAAUUUCUGAGCCAUCAAUGCUCGUUUCAAAUGGUCUAAGGGAUGCUGUGUAUUCUUCACUUCCGAUGCUUAUUCACGGCCGGAAAUGGCUGCUGCUGUACAGCACUUGGAAGCAUGGUAUAUCACUUUCAAACCUUUAUCGGAGAAGCAUGCUUUGGCCUGGAGUGAGUUUGCUGGUUGUUGGAGACCGUAAAGGAGCAGUGUUUGGUGGGGUGGUUGAAGCUCCUCUUAGACCGUCCAACAAGAGAAAAUACCAGGGAACCAACGAUUCAUUUGUUUUCACAGACACCUCUGGUUGCCCAGUUAUAUAUCCCCCAACAGGAGUUAACCGCUACUUCACACUUUGCACCACUGACUUUCUAGCAAUUGGUGGGGGAAAUCAUUUUGCGCUUUAUUUGGAGGGUGAUCUAUUGAACGGAUCAAGCUCGGAUUCAGAAACUUACGGGAAUCCAUGCCUCGCACAUUCCCAGGAAUUUAAAGUGAAGGAAGUAGAGUUGUGGGGCUUCGUUUUUCCUUCAAAGUAUGACGAAAUAGUGGAAUUAUCCAGAACAGAGGCACCAGGGAUCUGUCGCUUUUGA